UUACCUUUUUGCCGUCUUCUGAUGUCCGUCCAGUUCAGAGACGUCCUCUCAGCUCUGUCCUUCUCGUCCCUUGUCUGGCCAUCCACAUCCAGUGCGUUGCGGUUCUUGGUAUCGUGGAGCUCUCGGAGAUGAGGAGGUCGUCUCAGGGAAUGAUGAGUUUAAGCUACGAUGCGGGCAGCGGGAGGGGGUUGUUGGCCCGCUACGCGAAGGCGAAGCCGAGGCCGUCCAAGUGGGACGACGCGCAGCGGUGGCUCUCCUCCCGGACGCCCGACGACGACCGGCGCCGGAGCUCCUGCGCCGACGACCGGAUGCUGCUGCCGUCAGCGUCGCAGAAGGGGAGGCACUCAUGGGGUGCCGCGGACGGCGACGCGACCGUGGGGGUGGGGCUCGGCGCGCGGGACGACGGGGAGGCGGAGACGGAGACCAAGAGGGUGGACUCCGUGCUGGCGUACGGGCAGCAGAGGUGCCUCUCGCUGCGGGACGUCGGAACGGAGAUGACGCCCGGCGGGAGCAAGGAGCCAUCCCGGGCGAACACUCCUCGCGCCACCGCCCUGGCGGCCGCCCCGCCGACGGCCGCAGCGAGCCACGCGAUCCACGCGCUGCGGCACCGGCCGGGUUCGACAGAAGGCGGAUCACCGGGCCACAUUGCGGCGGACCGCUGCGCGGCCAGCGAGGGCACCGACACCGAGGUGCGUAAGGAAGCGUGCGCUGUGCCGAUGGCCGUGUCGCCCGGCACGGCGUGGGACGCCGCGGAGCGCGCCAAGCACAUGGCCAGGUAUCGGCGCGAGGAGAUGAAAAUACAAGCCUGGGAAAAUCGCCGACGGCAAAAGGCCGAGCUGCAAAUGAAGAUGACAGAGGCUAAGGCGGAGAGGAUGAAACUGCGGGCGCAGGAGAAGACGGCGAGCAAGCUGGCCUCGGCGCAGGCGGUGACCAGGGAUAAGCGAGCUCGCGCGGAGGCCAAGCUCAACCAGCGCACCGCGCGGGUCGAGGGCAAGGCGGACCUCCUGAGGCGGGGCGGGCACCUGCCGUCCUCCUCCGUGUUCUCGCUCAAGUUGCCGCUGCUGUGCAGCUGAAAGGUUCCUGGAGAUCGAGGGCGCGUGGCGGGGCCCAGGUUCCCGGCGGCCGGCGUUGGUUGACGGGGGUGACUUUUUGAAAAUAUAAUAGCAUUUUUAAUUUAAUUUAAUUUAUUUUUUUUAUAUAAAUUGAAUGAGAAUGGAUGCAAAUA